AUGAGUAGAGCAUUUUCAUCAAAGAAAGCUUCCUGUUUGCCUCCACCACCAACGCCGACAACCACAACUGCGAAGUCGAGUUCAAACAGGAGGCAAAGUCCUCGGAGCCCUUUACAGGAUCUCUACCGCAUUUCCAGCAGCAGCAACGGUAGUGAUGCUUCUUCUUCUGUCUCCACAGAAGUCCCAAAGGGUUGCCUCGGGUUCUUGGCUUCCUCUUCUUUCAAAACCCCUGUCAAUAGACCCAAAAAUAUCACCAAAACACCCAAUUCAGCAUCUCAUGGACUUGUAUUAAAACAACCUAAGUCCAAUUCCUCGAAGGAGAAUCAUCCAAAUGGCGAUAAUAUUAGGCUGCAAACCAAAACAGUUGUACCAAAUAAAGCUAAGAAAAAUCCUCCAUGUCUCUACCAGUGGCAGUCUGGUAAGAAAGCUGGUUCUCGGACUGGCCAAAAGUCUAAGCUUAGUUCGGCUUUGAAUGAAAAUGGAAAAAAUUUAUCUACACCGAAGGAAUCAAAGAAAAAGGAGGAUGUUAAUGCUGUUGAAUCUGCCCGUCUCAAAUCAUCUUACAGAGACCCGAAUUCGUCUCCUUUGACUAAAAGAGUUUCUGGGUCGGAUUUGGAUGUUACGGUUUAUACGGAGGUGGGGGAUAACCUUAACAGAAGCAUUAGUAAAACACCACCGAUUCAUAACUCUCUUUCCCCGGAGAUACAAGGUAGCUCUUCAUUGGUUUCAACUACAACACCUGCUUGCUAUGGUGCAGGCUAUAUUGUUUCUGGUGUCACCGACAAAAGGAAAUGUAGGCCUAGAGGGAUUCUAACUGUAGACGAGAACUAUUCAGGCUCUGCCAGAAAGGUUGCUAAUAGUAUUGAUGAUGAUGAUGAUGAUGAGAAGAAAGCAAAGGAUGUUAUUAAGGAAGAUAGCCCUUCCUUGUUGCCUUCGCCAACAGAAGCUUUAGUAUAUUGGCUUUCCUCUCCACGAAAAAUUCUGAAUAGCAAGUCUGAAAUUGGACUCAUGGAAUCCAUUACUCUUGGUUCCAGUACUUCACCGUCAACCAGUUCAAAACAAUUCUGGAAUCUAUGCGAUAGCUCUAAAACUUUUUGGAAUGUAAGUGAUAGCAGUGAUUUGUCCGGCGCUGCUAAUAACGGGACGAGGAGACAAAUGAGUUCUUCAAUUUCUCCAGGUAGUCUUUCUGAAUUUCAAGUACCUUUUGACUCCAUUUUGUUUUCUCCCAAAACAUCUCCCAAUCGUAGGACAGACAGCUCAGAAAAUCUCGUUGACGAAAACUCUCCUUUCUCGCUGAAUUCAAUUGGCAGUGGAAAUGUAAUUCGAACUCCACAGUCAGAUUCCACUUCAGAUUUACAUGUUGAACUGUCACUGGCGCAUGCAGACAAUCAAAAGGAAGAUGAUUUUAACCCUUAUUUUAACUCAUUCAGUGAUGUUCUUCUAUCAGAUAAUCUCGUUCUCGAUAGUUCCGUGCCAGUGGAGGAUUCAGUUAACUCAAGUUUCCAAUUUGAUUGUUUAACUAUGCCUUAUGAGUCAAUUGAACUCGGCAAACUUCCGAAAGAAUUGAAUGGUCAGGAACCUUGGUUAUCUAGUUCUACAGUUGAGAAUGGAUCAGAAUCUCAGAGGAUAUCAUGGAGAGAAGGGUUAAUGAGCCAAGUUAAUGAGGUAGAUGAGUUUGACAGUUGUAGAUGUUUGUCAGAUGAAGAAGACCUUGCCGAUAACGGCUGUGAUAGCAAUAGGGCAUCGAGUACUCAAGUCAAUAUUGAAGUUGCUGACAGUAAAAAACCAAACUACGGUAUAGAACUCGCCGAAACUGUGGAUGAAGAAAUGGAAAUAGGUAGACUUGGAAAAGUCAUUUUUUCUGGUGCUGAGUCCAUAACCAUGGACGAAGGUGGCGUGGAUGCUUCAAGGGAUGAUUCAGAGUAG